UAAAGCCACUGGAAGCUGUCAGAGAGUUUUAGAAGGAUCCUUUAACACAAUAUAAACAGUGCUUCUCUGUUCCAAUUUUUAUUGUUAGGUACUGUUGCCAAGUUCUUUUCUCUGCAAAAGCUUUGGAAUUGCCAAUAAGUUAAGGUUUGAUUAGUGAAGUGAUCUUCAAGAACCAAGCUUUGGAAUAGCCAGUAAAUUGCGGGGAAGUGAUCUUCAAUAACCAAGCUUUGAUAUAGUGAAGUAGUCUUCAAGAAUCAAGCUUUGAUCUAGUGAAGUGGUCUUCAAGAAUCAGGUAGGCUUUGAUAUAGUAAUGUGGUCUUCAAGAACUAGGCUUUGAUGUAGAGAAGUGGUCUUCAAGAAUCAAGUUUUGAUCUAGCGAAGAACCAAGCUUUAAUUUAGUGAAGUGGUUUUCAAGUCUAGUGAAGUGGUUUUCAAGUCCAAGUUUUAAUUUAUUGAAGAACCGAGUUUUGAUCUAGCAAAGUGGUUUUCAAGACCAACUUUUGAUUUAUUGAAGAACUAAGCUUUGAUCUAGCAAAGUGGUUUUCAAGAACCAAGUUUUGAUAUAGCAAAGAGUCAGGUUUGAUUUAGAGAAAGUUUUCUAGAAUCAAGUUUUGAUAUAGCAAAGAACCAAGCUUUGAUCAAGCAAAGUGGUCUUCAAGAACCAAGCUUCAAAAAACCAAGCUUUGAUCUAACGAAGUGGUUUUCAAGAACCAAAUUCUAAUCUAGCAAAGAACUAGGCUUUGAUCUAGAGAAGUCUUCAAGAGCUAAGUCUUGAUAUAAAGAAGAACCAAACUUUGGUCUAGCAAAGUGGUCUUUCAAGAACCAAGUUUUUAUCUAGCAAAGAACCAAGCUUUGAUCUAACAAAGUGAUCUUGAAGAAUCAAAGAUUUGAUCUAACAGAAGAACCAAGCAAGCUUUGAUCUAACAAAGUGGUCUUCAAGAACCGAGCUUUGAUCUAGCGAAGUGGUCUUCAAGAACCAAGCUUUGAUCAGUGGUCUUCAAGAAACAAGCUCUGAUCCAAUGAAAUGGUCUCUAAGAACCAGUGGUCUUCAAGAAUUAAAAUUUUGAUAUAGCAGAGAACCAAAGCUUUGAUCUAGCGAAGCAGUCUUCAAGAACCAAAAUUUGAUCAAUCAAAAAAACAAGUGAUCUAGCAUAGUGAUCUUCAAGAACCAAAUUUUGAUCGAAUGAAGAACCAAGCUUUGAUCUAACAAAGUAGUCUCCAAAAACCAAGCUUUGAUCUAGCGAAGUAAUCUCCAAGAACCAAGCUUUGAUCUGCAAAGUGGUCUCCCAGAACCAAGCUUUGAUAGCAAUGGCACCAGAUACAGAUGGAAUCGUCAUGGAAGCGGCCAACCCAGAAAGGAGUGGAAGCAGCGAAGAUGUGUGCAAGGAGGCGGCGCGGACAAUUCAGAGAGCAGUAUCGGACGUGUCAGCAGAGCUAAGCCGGAAGCAGCAGCUGAACUCGAACCCGCAACCUGAAGCUGGACAAGUGCAGUGCGAAUGCUGUGGAUUGUGGGAAGAAUGCACACCGACAUACAUAUGCAGAGUGAGAGAGAAUUUCUGUGGGCGGUGGAUCUGUGGACUCUGCGCAGAAGCCGUCAAAGUGGAAAGCGACCGCAUGGGGGGCAGCUUAACCAUGGAGGACGCUCUCAAAGCCCAUGUUACACUCUGCCAGAGCUUCAAUCAGAUUGCUCGAAGAAAUCCUGCGCUCCAUAUGGCCGAUGCCCUGCGGACCCUGCUCAAGAAAUCUAAACCCUUUUCUUCUUCUUCAUCUCUCAGACCGCACAACAUCACUCGGAGCUCCAGCUGCAUGCCUGCUAUUACAAGGGAUCUCCCCUGAUUGUCACUUCUUUUCAUCAUUUUCAUAUACCAAAUUACAGAUUUCAUCA